AUGUUCUUUUUCCAACAUCCCGUCUACCAACAACAACAACAACAACAACAACAACAGCGUGGCCAUCAACUCUCUGUUGAUGAUUAUGUUCAACUUCAAUUGUUACUUCGUCAAGAACAGGCUCAGCGUGAACAAGCUGCGCUUUACAAGAAACAGCAACAAGAACAACGUCGUCUUGAAAAGGCUCUUUAUAAUCUCAAGAUUAUGACCGAAUUACAGCGACGUCGUGAGCAAGAAGAACUUGCCAUUCAAGCUUACUAUGCCGCUAAGAAGAGAAGACAGCAGCAAGAAGAAGCAUUGCUUCUUCAUCGCCGUCAGCAAGAACAGGCUUAUUUGGAUGCCGUUUUGAAACAAAGACAAAUUGAACAAUACCAUCUCCGUACCUUGACCUUAGAACAACAACUCCAAGAACAAGCUGUCAAGUCUGUUGAGUAUACCAACCCUUGCCAUCCCAUGGCUGCUGCUGUCUUUCCUAACUUUGCCAAUGCCAAUUCCGAACAAGAAGAAGAAAUUUCUGACUCUGAGUCUGAGGCUGAUCAAGAACAUGAGGUUGCUGAGCAAAUGGAAGCUCUGGUUAGAUUCAUUUUUGGUCAACAAGAGGUCCCAAAUGAGCAAGCUGAAGAAAGUCCUAGACAAGAAGAGCAAGAAGAGCAAGAAGAGCAAGAAGAGCAAGAAGAAGAGGAGGAUGAGCCAACUGAACACACUGUUACUUUAGAUGAAUUUGUGGACUACAUUUCAAGAAAGGCUCAAACGCUAGACGAUGAUGUUGAAGAUGAAAAUGGUGAUGCCAUGGAGCAAGAUGACCAGGACUUGGCUGCCUCGGCUAUCCAACACAUUGAUGACCACGAAACUGAAGACGAAGAUGGAGACUCCUCCAUGGAACAGGCUGAGGAAGUGCCUGCCCUCGUUGAAUCUACUGAGUCCCUCCAUCAUCUGGUGAAUGAUAUCUUGGCGAAUACCACUUCAGAAGAAUCCUUUUCGGUAUUUCCCGAAGAAGACCCUGUCAAAAUUGCCAAGUUUGAAGCCUUAAGUCGUAUUGAGCAAGAAUUAGAUCAGAUACGUCAACAACACGAAGAUCAUGUACUCCAUGUGCCACUAGAUUUCUCUCCUGAUGGUCGCUCUGCAUUGCCUGAUACCAUUCCUGCUUCCACUGCUGAAAAUCGAGAAUUUCUGGGCUACGAAGAUCAGAUAGUCAAGAUCCUUUUGAAGCUUGACAUGAUUGAAUCUGAUGGCGAUGAGCAUAUUCGAAAUGAACGCAAGGCGUUGGUGAAACGUGCUGAGUCCAUGUUGGACAAGCUAGAUGAAUACAAGCAAAAAGAAUGGGAGCGUGUGAGCUGUAGUAGCCAUAGUGAUAGCGAAGAAAUGGAAGAAGAAUACGUAGCUGUACUGUAG